UAUUACUCCAAUGAUUCUGUGACGGCAGAUUGGUUUAGAUCUAAAUUUGAUUCUCCUUAGAAAGCAUCUUCCCUUAAAUCCUCUAAAUUAUGGAUGACCACGCUGCUCUUCCUUCGCAUCUUCUUGGCUUGGCAACCUAUUCUCGUUGCACCAGAUGAUCUGUUUUGAGUUUUGCUCCAUUGGAAAUAAGGGAAGUCCUGCUCUUUCUCUCAACUAUCAAUGAAUUCUUAUGCCCAUGAUUAUUAGUUCCUUUUUAACCUGAGUCCGAUUUCCCAGCGUUUAGCUUUUUGUAAUGUUUUUUUCCUUAUCCCUGUUACAGUUCUUUCUUUACUCGUAUUUGAGGUGUAGAGGUGUUUUUUUAUUCUUUUUUAACCCCUUCUUUUUCUAAAUAUAGGGGGGCUCUGCCAAAUUUCCCCAAGAAAAUAUUAAACAUAUAAAAAUAUAAAAUAGCUGCUGGUGGGGCGGCGCAUAAGCUAUUUUCUGCGGACUUGUCUUCCCGAAAUCUGCAGUGACAGGCUAUCCAUCGUCAUGCGGAACAAGUUGCUGCUGCCCUCCUUGCGUCAUGUCGGAGUUUGUAGUCGCAGAAGAAGCCGACGAGAAGUGUGAGCUUCCUCCGAUGGAAACCAUAGAUCUUGUUGACCUCGACACCGCUCCCACCUCGGACUCCUGGAACUUCUAUUCUGCUGCCGCCUUCUUCUCUAACCCGCCGUCGCCGCUACUCCUCUCGCCAUCUCUGCCGUCGCGGAGUCUCUCGCAUCUCGCCGUAUCAUUUCCUCAGCCGACAUCUCCCCUAUGGAUAUUUGACGACGAAACCGCUGAAAUCGCUGGAAAUUUUGAUUCUGAAAAGGAAAACGACAAUUUGCAAAUUGAGAAGAUAAGGACUUUUCCAAGAACGCCAAUAAAAGAAGUUUCAGAUAUUUCCUAUCUGAUAAAGGAGAGAAUGAAGCAGGCGCUCCGAUAUUUCAAGGAAUGGACAAAUCAACGUGUUCUGGUGCAGGUUUGGGUGCCUGUAAGAAAUGGGGAUCGAUAUGUUCUCACGACAUCAGAGCAACCUUUUGAGCUUGACCGUGAUACUAAUGGCCUUCUUCAGUAUCGAAAUGUGUCGUUGAUGUACUUGUUUUCAGUUGAUGAAAAUAAUGAUGCGGCUCUUGGCCUCCCCGGCCGGGUUUUCAAGCUAAAAAAGCCGGAGUGGACGCCAAAUGUUCAGUACUACAGCAACAAAGAAUACCCCCGCCUCAGUCAUGCUCUCCUUUACAAUAUAAGGGGAAGUCUGGGUUUGCCAGUCUUUGAUCCCUCUCGACAGUCCUGUGUUGGCGUGAUUGAGCUCAUAAUGACGUCAGAAAUGGUCAACUAUGCUCCAGAGGUUGAUAAAGUGUGCAGAGCUCUUGAGGCGGUAAACCUGAAAAGCUCUGAAAUCCUGGAGCACCAGAGUAUUCAGGCAUGUGAUAAGGAACACCGAGCUGCUCUUGCUGAACUUCUACAGAUUUUAACCAUUGUCUGUGAGGCCCAGAAGCUACCUCUUGCUCAGACUUGGGUCCCAUGCCAGCAUGGCACUGUUCUUGCACAACAUGAUGGGUCUAGAAAGAGCAUCUCAACCUCUAAUGGAAUUUGCAUGGGACAGGUUUGCAUGUCAACGACUGAUGCAGCAUUUUAUGUUGUAGAGGCUCAAAUGUGGGGAUUUAGGGUUGCUUGUUCUGAGCAUCAUUUGCAGAAGGGUCAAGGGGUUGUAGGUAGGGCAUUUUCUGUCAAACGGCCCUGCUUCUGCAGGGAUGUCACGAAGUUCUGCAAGAUGGAGUAUCCCCUUGUUCACUAUGCACAGAUGUUUGGUUUAGGGAGUUGUUUUGCACUAUGCUUCGGGAGUUCCCACUCAGGAGAUGAUAUUUAUGUUGUAGAAUUCUUCCUGCCAUCAGACUGCAAGGACCCCAUUAAGCAGGAUGCUUUGUUGGAAUCCAUCUCAACGUUGGUGAAGCACAGUCUUCGAAGUUUAAAGGUGAUUACUGGUGCAGAGGUAGAAGGACUGCCUCUUGGAAAGAUAGACAUGAUUACUUAUGCAAAUAAUGAAAUGAAACAAAUUCAAUAUGCAUUGCCUAAGCUCAAUACCCUUGAAGACUUUGAUGAACAUGAGAAUAAGCGAAUUGCAGAACAUAAUUCACCGGAACAGCAUUUGGAGCUAAGUAUUAAUUCUGAAAAGAAUACUACUCUUCCUGGGAAAGGAUCUAUUACUGCCCCGGCAAUCAUUACCAAUAAAGUAGCGGGAAGGAAACGAGGCAAGACUGAGAAAAUAAUUAGCUUAGAGAUCCUUCAGCAAUAUUUUGCAGGGAGCCUCAAAGAUGCUGCAAAGAGCCUUGUUUGCCCCACUACAAUGAAGCGCAUCUGCCGGCAGCAUGGCAUUUCCAGGUGGCCUUCGCGCAAGAUCAACAAGGUCAAUCGCUCCAUUUCAAAGCUCAAACAAGUUAUUGAAUCAGUUCAGGUUGCAGAGGUAGCUCUCAAUCUAAACCCCCUUGUCUGUCCACUUCCAGUUGCACCAGGCUCCAUUUCUUUUCCUGUCCAUUCAGAUAGCGAUUCUAUAGCAAGAGAUGAGGGCACUCCACAUUUUAAAGCAUUGGAGGAACCUGUAGGUGGCCACACUUCUUCAAAUACUAAAAGCUCAUCCGAUGGCGACUUGAAAACUCCCGUCUCGCAAGGCUCCAAUGAUGCAAGUCUGGGUCGCGAAGCAUGUGGCAUUGAGAAACCUUUCUCUAGAAAUUCAAAACAGUUUGUGAGCGCAAAAGAUCAAAAUACGGUCGCUCUCUUCUCGCCAGCCAAUAUCAUAGUAGAGCCUGAACACGCAGUUGCUGAUAUUCUUGUUGAAGAUUCAGCGAGCUCAAAAUUAGCGAGAAAUACCCCUUCCACUGCCAUUUCGGAGCCAAAAACUGUCAUCAUAAAGGCUUGUUACAAGGAGGACAUCAUAAGGUUCCGCUUGGCGUAUGAAGCCGGCAUUGUAGCACUAAAUGAGGAGAUUGGUAAGAGGCUAAUGCUGGAGAUUGGCACAUUUGUUAUCAAGUAUUUAGACGAUGAUUAUGAUUGGGUCAAGCUUUCUUGUGAAGAAGACCUACAGGAGUGCUUGGAGAUCUCAGCAAUGUCGGGGUCAUCCGUUAUUAGACUUUCAAUUCAAGACGUGUGCAACGAACGAUGAUUUUUCUUAGGAAAUGUACAUACAUAGCAUCCUAUACUUUUCUAUUUAUAUAUUUAACACUUAAAAUUUUAAUAUUACAUACACACUACCCAUA